GUUUGACAAUGAUGAGAUUGUUCAGUUUGAUUUUUGUUAUCGUUUUGGCAUUUUCAUGUCAAACAAACCAUAACGUUGAUGCUUGUAAAGGAAUUGGUGAAAUAUGUUCAAAAACUAUUUUUGAUAGAUGUUGCGAUGGUAGUGUAUGUAAACUACGUGGACCAUUUUAUGGAGAAUGUGUAGAUUGUUUAACUUCGGGGAAUAGAUGUUGGAGAAAUUCAGAAUGUUGUUCAGGGUAUUGUAAUUGGUUUACAUGUCGAGAUAUAUAAAUAUCAUUGUUUGAGUGAUAAAUAUUUUGAAAGCGCCCUGUUAUUCAGAAAACGUCUUUUUAUAGACUACAGUUUGUAAUGCAUUAUAACUCG